UGCAACUCAAUUUUCUACGGUACGACUGUUGGUGGUAAAAUGCAACGUUUUAAUCAGUGUUAGGCGCGCUCUCUAGGCGCGCUGAUAUGGUAAUAUCCGUACCAACAUGUCUCAUUCCCAUGCCUGAAAUAUGCGGUUGGUUGAAAAUACCAUUCCCUACGCCGUUGUCCUAUUACAUACUGCAGGCUCUUCCAAUACACGGACAGGUCUGGGCCGCUAAUAACUACGUAGCACGACUAUAACUCAUAAGCAUACCAACCAACAUGCUUGGCUACUCCGUACCCACACCAACACUCUCUAUGAUCGUUCACCUGAGUAUUUCCCAAAGCCAAAUUGCAACAUAAUUGUUUAUAGCGAAGUUUUCACAAGGUCCUAGCUAGUAGGCUGCCUUAGACUACCAUCGCUUUGUCGCACUAGAAUCACAGCAAGCCUCUCCCCUUUUCUCUGUAAUUUGCUAAAUAUCAACUAGAGAAUUUCAAAAUUCAUUUGCUUCUCUCUCCAACUUCCAUUAUCUAAAACUACAACCUUGGCAAUUGUUAAUAUUGAGCCGUUACUUCUCCCCCCUAAACUUUCCACCACGCCUGUCAAGUACUUGAAAGAAUGUCCGUAGACGGAUACGAUCACGGCUACUGGCAAACACCUGGCCAUGUAAUUGCCGCUGGAAUAGGUUUAUCUAUAUUAGAUAUUUUUGCUGUGCUGUUGAGGUUUGCGGCAAGGAAGAAGCAGCGGCAGCCCCUGAAAGCGGAUGACUGGUUCUUGGUUCCUGCAACACUCCUAACUAUAGGGAUUGGUGUCUCCAUGGUAUACGGCGUGUCGAAAAAAGCCCUCGCCUAUCCCUUUGAGGUCCCUCCAGACCCACCAGAAGACAGUCUGUCUAUUGUAACCGAACAGAUCGGUACCGAAGGAGCAAUACAAUGGGCCUACACCCUGCUACUCCCGUUAGCGUUGGGCUGCACAAAGGCCAGCUUCCUGCUAUUUUACAGACGCAUUUUCGCCGUCAGCACAUGGAGCAAGACCAACAUGCUUCUGGUAGGAAUGUGUGUGUUUGUCUUUGUCUGGAUGGCAGCCUACUUCUUCACGUUCCUGUUCAUGUGCCGGCUGGACUUCUGGGCGCUUUGGACAACAGCUAGGGCAAUUCUGGACCAUUGCAUCGCAGACACAUACCCAAAUUUCACGCUUGCCGUUACAGAUGUUGCAGCCGACGUAGUGAUUCUCGUUAUACCCAUUCCAUUGGUUUGGCGAUUGAAUCUGACUACCGCCAAAAAGAUUGCUAUUACUUCCGUGUUCCUCUUUGGGGCAAUAACCGUAGCGGCGUCCGUGACUCGGCUUGCCCUAACAACAAGGAUUCUAGCAGUUGGGUAUGACCCAGAUGAUGAUCCUAUUCUCCUAGUCACAUCUUUUAUCUACUGGGGAAUGGUCGAAAGCGGCAUUGCGGUAUUCGUGGCCUGUCUGCCAACUCUCUGGAUCUUCAGCAAAGGAUCAUCAUGGGUACCGUUGAUCAGAGUGGCAAGAAACCUUGCCAACUCCAGCAUCUCCAGUCUACGACUGCUUAGGACAAGGAGGAGCAAACAGAGCAUUGAUGUUGAGGAUCCGUGCGAUACUCGAUCUCUUAGGAGUCAUGCCAACUCCAGGCCUACGGAUGCGGCUCAAAUAACCUAGGGUAUUAGUGCAUCCAUAGAUCAGCUAAUCACGAUUUAAAAACCUCACACCAACAUCGACUACCUAUAGAAUAUUCUUAUUUGGGGU